AUGCAACCUGUCCAAAGCUGUCCCGGACUACCAUACAUUUCCAAGACUCAUCAACAUCAUUCCAAUGCGCGCCGAUCUACGCCCUUGUCACCUCAUAAUGAGCUAGUUCCUAUCUCUAAUCAUUCACGAGGAGACUCGACUUCUGGGCCCUCGCGUAUCAUGUCUCCGGUUCAACCUAAGAAUGAAGUCUCUGAUGUUUCUGAUGGCAUACAGCAGCUCCAGUUGGCAAGCGAGGCAGCUGAAGUCAAAGAGUCUGGUCCUCCAGCCGCGAGUACUGCUUUCAUCAGCAAGCUUUACCAUCUUUGUUCACACGAUGAUUACCAUCCUUACAUUAGGUGGAAUGCCGCCGGUGAUGCAUUCGUCUUGGCACACGCCAAUGUUGAAUUCUCUUCGGUUAUCUUGCCAAGGUUCUUUCGUCAUAGCAAUGUCUCCUCCUUCAUCAGGCAGUUGAAUCUCUAUAACUUCACCAGACUACCAACUAUCAAACUUCUUGACACAAUAGAUAACAACACGAACCCUUCACCAGCUUGUGCUUAUUCAGGAUUCUCUCAUCCAAACUUUCUUCGUGGUGAUACUGCUUCUCUAAGGCUCAUCAAGCCAAAGCCAAGUAAAAGUAAAGCAGCUCGAAAAGCCUGUAAAGAUGCAAGUCUGAUUGAUGAUAAAAGUAAAGCUCAUCGUCGGAGUACACCUGCUAAAUCAAAGAUGAUCUGA